AGCGGGACGGAAACCAAAACCAUGGGCAGUUUUCCGUCGGAAGCAAAAACAAAACCUCCAAACGCAAAACUGCCUGCUACAUCUCUCUGUAUAUACUCUCCCUCUUUUCUUCCACAACGCUCAUUCUAAUGGCAUCACUCCCGAUGAUACCCUCAUAUCCUAUCCAUUCUCUCUCUUCUUUCCCUUUUUUGUUUCUCUGAUCAGUAAUUCCUUUUCAGCCACUCAAAAAACGUCUUGUUUUCAAAAACUUGCUUUUCAGGAUUCUGUUGAUGUUACAUUUCGAGUUCAAUCUUUCAGUUCUCGGUGUUUUAAGUAAUUAUCGUUUCUGGGUUUUCUUCUAUAAUUCAGUUCAUUUACUGGGUAUUCUUGCUUUGUUAUUGUUCCCUUCACAUCUCUACUUCUGCCAAAAUAGCAACUUUGAAUAUAAUAUCUCCAUUAAAGUGCAAAACUUUAGCAUUUUCUGAACUGGGUCUUCUAUUUUAGUGUCUGUCAUCUCCAGUAGGUGAGUCUAAGAACUAUAGUUAAUGACCUAAUUUUCCCUUUUUUAAAUUAUUUUUCUUGUUGGUUUUGGGAGAACAGAGAGGGCCCUUUUAUCUUUUUAAUAUUGGGUUUUGAUGGAACACAAUGGUUUGCCUGGUGGGAUAUUUUCAGGCAUGGGAUCAGGAAUUCUAGGAUUAGAAAGGCCAUUACACCAACAACAGAACCCUCACAACUCACAAAAUUCACACCACCUGCACCACCCACAAAUGGUAGCCUACGCCCACCGAGACUCCGAUCAUCACCUUCAGUCUCAACAACAAACUCUGAAACACUCAUACCCAUAUCCCUCCUCAGCUUCAAGAGAAAAGCCACAAUCACCUCUUAGUGAUGAAGAUGAGCCUGGUUUUGCUGGAGAUGACAACACUAGUGAUGGCAAAAGGAAGGUGUCUCCAUGGCAGAGAAUGAAGUGGACUGAUAGCAUGGUUAGGCUUCUUAUAAUGGCAGUGUUCUACAUUGGUGAUGAAGCUGGAUCUGAAUUGAAUGAUCCCACAGGGAAGAAAAAGGCUGGUGGGUUGUCACAGAAGAAAGGGAAAUGGAAGUCAGUUUCAAGGGCUAUGAUGGAGAAAGGAUUUUAUGUAUCUCCACAGCAAUGUGAGGAUAAAUUCAAUGAUUUAAACAAGAGGUACAAGAGGGUUAAUGAUAUUCUUGGCAAAGGAACUGCUUGCAAGGUUGUGGAGAAUCAAACCUUGCUCGAGACAAUGGAUUUGUCACAAAAGAUGAAGGAAGAAGUGAAGAAAUUGCUGAAUUCUAAGCACUUGUUUUUCAGAGAAAUGUGUGCUUAUCAUAACAGUUGUGGUCAUGGUUCAAAUGGGGUUGCUUCUGGUACUAAUCACUCACCAGAGUUAGCUACAGAUCAAUCUCAUGCUCAGCAUCCACAAUCAUCUCAUGCUCAGCAACAAAGGUGUUCUCAUUCAUCUGAAACUGCACAUUUUGUGACCAACUCCAGGAAUGAAACAGAGGGGUCCAAAAUGGGAAAAAGGGCAAGAAAUGAAGAAGAUGAUGAAGAGGAUGAUGAUGAAAGCGAGGAUGAUGAUGAUGAUUAUGAUGAGGAUGAAGAUGAAGCUAUAGAAGGCAAUUCAAGGGGUCAAAAUGGGCAUGGACAUGAAGAUGAAGAUGAGCAUGAGGAGAAAGGUUCAAGAAAAAGAAGAAAAACAGGAGUUUUCUCUUUAAUAUCAUCUCUGAUGCAGCAAUUGAAUAGUGAAUUGAUGAGUGUAAUCCAAGAUGGAGGAAGGAGUACAUGGGAGAAGAAGCAUUGGAUGAAGCUGAGAUUGAUGCAAUUAGAAGAACAGCAAGUGAGCUACCAAUGCCAAGCAUUUGAACUAGAAAAACAAAGAUUGAAGUGGGUGAAAUUUAGCAGCAAGAAAGAGAGAGAAAUGGAGAGAGCAAAACUAGAGAAUGAAAGGAGAAGACUUGAAGGUGAAAGAAUGGUACUUCUCAUACGCCAGAAAGAACUUGAAUUGCUUGAUAUUCAUCAACAGCAACAGCUUUCUUCCAAUAAAAGGAGUGAUCCAUCCUCCAUAACAGGAUGAAAUUGUUACUAGUUUCAAUAGAUGAAAAUGUUGUUUAAGCUUUAAGUAGAUGUACAUACUUGUUUUAUUUUGCUUCUUUCAAAUACAUAUUCAGUUGUAAGAGUGAAAUUGAGAGGCAGUAGACAACUAGUUGGUAUUUUUUAGAUCC